CUAUCCUAGAAAAUCAAAAACAAUCUUACACAAAACGGUUAGGGUGCAAAUGGGUAGUCAAUGCAACUUGUCCGAAAACAACCAAAAAAAUUAAAAUUACUUCUUGUAACCUUGAGCAUUCUAAUCAUGAAAUCCAUCCUGAUACUCUUAAUUUUGCUUCCUACUAUCGGCAAUUUCUUGAUGAA